AUGGUUAGUACAGCCCGGCCUUCUUUGCUAAAUCGAAAUCGCUUCGGAAUCAGUGGUCAUGAUGUCAACGCGCCUAGUGCAUGCGAGGCGACGUCAGUCGGCUUUGUACCUCUGUUGGUCACUCGAUGCAGUGUUCAAAAACGGAGUAUCGGAAGGAAUGCGUCGUCUGCGCGGGCAUCUAUCUGCUAUGCUUACCCGAGUUCUGAAGAAGACAUAUUGUCCUCUGCGUUGACCGCUGCCGGCCUCCAUGAAUGUGUCAACGUGUCGCAAGCUUCGUCAUCGUUGGCCGCUCCAGCGAAUUCCGGACUCAGCGAGAAGCAGAGCAUGGCGCCACUGCGUUCGUCGUCAAGAAAUGGAGCAUGCCCGUUGCUUACGCCUGCAGUCUCUCCUUGCUCUGUCGCCGAGCCGGUACCUGGGACAUCCUCUGCGUCACCGUCGGUUGUACAACGUAACGUGAUAUCUGACAUCAGUGCUCCUCUCAGUGCAGGGAAAUUGAUGAAAGUUAUCGACUCCACUGGCAAAGUGUGUCUGGCGUUCACUUCUCGGUCGUCCUCGGGUCUGAAGCCGGUGCGCAUUAUUUUAAAGAAGGACUUUUCGGGUGUAAUACCCAGGAAAGGCGUUAGUGCCGCUGGCCCCGUGACCGGAAAUGGCUUUGACGCCGUUAGACUGCCGGUCGCCGGCGUUAUAAGACCUCUGUCUAGAACUAUGGCCCGUGGUUUAACUUUCGCAGCGAAGGACUCAUUUCAUGGCAAUGCGUUGGUUGCCACACGAGUGAACGCUCCCCGCCUGCACUCGUACACUCAGUCCAUACAACGGCGACAACACUUGCCAAAAGUACCAGUAGUGACGUCUACAACGACCGUCGCUUCCUCCGGAGCACCAUACGUGAUGACUCCUUUUUUGGGUGCUGCUGCGAAACAAGGAUUCAAGUACGGAUACUCAAAUUUCAAUGACGGAUCCUCGUUCGACCGUAAUGGUGUUUUGGGUUUUGAUGCCAGUACCGAAACUUCGAACUCUGAGGAAGCAGAGGAAGACUAUGAGCUUGGCCAUGCAGACACUUAUUCCGAAUAUGCACCUUCGAAACCUAUAGUGCGCUCUGGUUUAUCCCACCCGGAUUCAGUCGUCGAGACCAGUUCGCUGGCCAGCGUGCAGCCGCCGGACAUCACCUAUCACGCGGUAAUACCAGAAGAAGUGAUCGACACAGGCCGUUUGUCAGCGCUCCAACUAGAAACGAUCAUUUAUGCAUGCCAGCAGCAUGAGACGUUUCUCUUGAAUGGAGAGCGGACCGGCUACCUGAUUGGCGAUGGACCAGGCGUCGGUAAGGGUCGUACGAUUGCGGGCAUAAUAUAUGAAAACUACCUCCUUGGCCGAAAGCGUUCGCUUUGGUUCAGCGUAUCGGGAGAUUUGAAGUACGACGCUGAGAGAGACUUGGCAGACAUUGGUGCAUCCAGGAUUAAGGUCCAUGCACUGAAUAAGUUCAAGUAUUCAAAAAUAUCCGGUAAGGAAAACGGUUCCGUGAAAAAAGGUGUGAUAUUCGCCACGUACGCCAGUUUAAUUGGAGAAACGCAAAACGCCAAACAAAAGUAUCACUCUCGUGUAAAACAGUUGCUUCAUUGGUGUGGCAGUAAUUUCGACGGUGUGGUUGUUUUCGACGAAUGUCAUCGUGCAAAGAACUUAGUUCCGACCGGUAGCUCGAAAUCCACUAAGACCGGUCUAACGGUUUUGGAACUUCAAAAAGCUCUGCCGAAAGCAAGAAUCAUCUACGCUAGUGCCACGGGCGCGACUGAGCCCCGUCACAUGGCUUACAUGGCCCGAUUAGGGUUGUGGGGCUCAGGCAAACCGUUCCGUGACUUCAAUGAGUUCAUAACGGCCGUGGAACGCCGCGGAGUCGGCGCUAUGGAAAUAAUCGCGAUGGAUAUGAAGCUUCGCGGUCUCUAUCUUGCCAGACAGCUGUCGUUCAAUGGCGUUACGUUCAGAGUCGAGGAGGUACCGUUGUCCGUAGAUUUCAUACGUACAUAUGACAAGUCUGUGAAACUGUGGCUGGAGGCGAGAAAACAGUUUCAAAUCGCUGCUGACCUCAUCGAUCUGGACAAGUCUCGACGUAAGGCUAUGUGGGGCCAGUUCUGGGCGGCGCAUCAGCGUUUCUUCAAAUACCUGUGCAUUGCCGCCAAGUGCAUUGUCAUUGGGCUGCAGUCGACCGGCGAGGCACGAACAUUAGAACAGCUGGACGAGUACGGCGGCGAGCUGACCGAUUUUGUAUCAACGGCAAAAGGUGUGUUCCAGUCGUUGGUCGAGAAGCACUUCCCGGCAAUCGACAGUUCUUCCAAAUACAAAUAUACCGUCAGGAAAACGCUGUUUGAUCAAAAUGACGUCGACGAAUCGCUGCGAAAUGCCGGAACCGAUUCAGUUUCGUCGUGGAAGAAAAAUUGUAUAUCUUCUUUUGUUGUUACUCGGUUUUUAAGCGCAUGUUGCUUCUGUAUAGUGUCUUUGCGAAAGCGAGAACGGCAGCGACCGCGCGUUGAACAGCCCGAUGGUGAACGUCUGUCGGACGACCAGAGCGACAGCUCUAGUGUGAAAAGGAGCAGCGACCAUAGCAGCAGCAGUAGCAGCGAUUCUGAAGAAAGUGAAAGCAGCGAGGGGUCAAGUGGUGAACGAGACUCAUCUGAUGCUGAGGAGGCGGACAGUAGCGACUCCGAAGCGCUCAACGACUCUCUGAAUCCAUUCGCCGACGACUUUUCCGGCGAUAGCGCAGAUCCAUGGGAAGAGAAAAUGAAAACCUGUAAGCGACAGAAGAAGGUGCGACGGAAAAGCAGAAAGAGACGUAAAAUCGAAUCAAGCAACGAAGAAGAGACCGCCAACGUUGAAAAUGAAAACGACGAUACUAAGGCUACUGCAGAAGAUGACGUCGUUCGGACUCCGAGCGAUUUGUUCAAUUCCACAGAGUUCGCCCCUGGCAGACUGGCAACCGAAUUGGGUUUGAACCAAGCUCAAGUCCUGAAAGCUGAUUUGCUUGCUGCCAUAGAACGGCUUGGUGACGUUUUGCCACCAAACACCUUGGACGAGUUGAUUAACGAACUUGGUGGUCCCGAAUACGUCGCUGAGAUGACCGGACGCAAGGGGAGAGUCGUAUCGAAGGACGACGGACAGGUGCAGUAUGAACUUAGGAAUGAUGGCGAUGUGCCCCUGGAAAUGCUUAAUAUGGCAGAAAAGGAGCGUUUUAUGAAUGGAACGAAGCGAAUUGCUAUCAUCUCGGAAGCUGCUAGCUCUGGCAUUUCCCUUCAGUCAGAUCGACGGGCGAAAAAUCAACGUAGACGGGUUCACAUAACACUCGAGCUUCCUUGGUCUGCCGAUAAAGCUAUACAGCAAUUUGGACGAACUCAUCGAUCGAAUCAGGUGAACUCUCCCGAGUACAUCUUUUUGAUAUCUGAGUUGGCCGGUGAGCAGCGAUUUGCAUCGGUGGUUGCCAAGCGGCUGGAAAGCUUAGGUGCCCUUACUCAUGGAGAUCGUCGAGCUACGGAGUCACGAGAUUUGAGUCAGUUCAACGUGGACACGAAAUACGGUCGCGUGGCUCUCGACGUUGCUUUGAAAUCAGUCAUAUCGUACAUGUCUCCGAUCGUUCAACCCCCUUCUGGUUAUGAAGGUGAUUUCUUCGAAGAUAUGAAGCAGUAUCUAGAGGGAAUUGGUUUGGUCGUUCGUGAAGGGGUCACGGGUGCUGUUUCAUUGGAAAAGGAUCUCAAUACGUUCAAAUUCUUGAACAGAAUUCUUGGUCUACCUGUCAAGACACAAAAUUGUCUCUUUCAGUACUUCUCAGAUACGCUGAAGGAAAUUAUCGAGCAGGCGAAACGAGAUGGUCGAUAUGAUUUAGGGAUAUUGGAUCUCGGGCAAAAGAAUGAUAAGGUUAAAAAGCUAGAGACGAAAGUAUUCGUUGGUCAGUUUCAGCUUGGAGGUCUUAAGACGGAGCUUCACACGGUUUGUGUUGAACGUGGUAUGCCAUGGAGCGAAGCGAUGGAAGUAUACUGUGAGCACAUGGGCGAAGACGACGGAUUUUAUGCCUGUGGGAACGAAAAGAAAACGUUCAUAGCUUUGGUGUGCGCUAUAAACAAACGACACAUCGACACGGGCGAAAAGCUGUUUAAUUUGUACAGACCUAAUACCGGCUUAAAUUCUAGGGUUGAAACUCUGUCGCAUAUCAAGCAGCGUUACAAGAAGAUUAUGCCUGAGAAGGCUGAAGCUCCUUGGAAAGAGUUGUUCGCUGCUUCGUCGAAUCAGUGUCAACAUAUGUACUGGUAUGGAAGAUGCCAUACCACUGCCGCAGGACAAAUAUGUGACUUUGGACGUCGUCGUCGUAACUAUUACAUUCUUUCGGGUUCCGUUAUGGCUGUUUGGAAUUUGGUCGAAAACAUGCUGUCUUCUUUGCCUGGACGUCGUCAGGCCCGAAUGCAAAUCGUUCGUGUGAGGGCCGAGCAGGGUCAGAAGAUUGUCGGCAUUUUAAUUCCCAGUUUAUGCGUACAAACCCUUAUUCAGCGGUUAACCGCUGAGUCCAGUCGCGUUUAUGUUCUCUGUCCUAAAAAGUGA